AUGUCUGCGACCACGCGACGAGCAGACCCCUUCAAGCCCGCGGCGAGAGUCGCAGGGCAGAAGCAGGAUGUUUGGUCCAUCGUCAACGAAGCAGCAGCAGCGUCGCCUGUCCAGCCCAUCGUGAACAUGGGCCAGGGCUUCUUUGGCUACAACCCGCCCAAAUUCGUCCUCGAUGCCGCAAAGGCUGCCCUCGAUACCGUCGACUGCAACCAGUACUCGCCCACAAAAGGCCGCCCGCGGUUAAAGAAGGCCAUCGCAGACGCCUACUCGCCCUUCUUCGGCCGCACCAUAGAUCCGGACAAGGAGGUGACCAUUACGACGGGCGCAAAUGAGGGCAUGCUAUCAGCCUUCAUGGGCUUCCUCGAACAAGGCGACGAAGUCAUUGUCUUUGAGCCCUUCUUCGAUCAGUACAUCAGCAACAUCGAGAUGCCGGGUGGGAAAGUCGUCUACGUGCCCAUGCACCCCCCGAAGGAAGGUGCUACAAAGACGACCUCGGCAGCAGAGUGGCGCCUCGACGUAAAAGAGCUCGAGGCAGCAAUCACGCCAAAGACGCGCAUGAUUGUACUGAACUCACCACACAAUCCCAUUGGCAAGGUCUUCUCCAAAGAAGAGCUCCAAGCCAUCGGUGACAUUUGCGUAAAGCACAACAUCAUCAUUCUCUCUGACGAAGUCUACGACCGCUUAUACUACGUCCCAUUCACACGCAUUGCCACUCUUUCCCCGGAAAUCGCCAAACUCACUCUAACAGUAGGCUCAGGAGGCAAGAACUUCUACGCCACAGGGUGGAGAGUCGGCUGGCUGAUCGGCCCCGAGCAUCUGAUCAAAUACGUCAGCGCAGCGCAUACCCGCAUUUGCUAUAGCAGUGUCUCGCCUCUGCAAGAAGCAACCGCCAUUGGUUUCGAGCAAGCCGAGGCACACAACUUCUGGGACGAGUCCAAGAGAGAGAUGAAGGCCAAGAUGGACAAAUUCACUGCCAUCUUCGACGAGCUGAACCUGCCAUACUCUGAUCCUGAAGGUGGGUACUUCGUCUUGGUGAACAUGUCCAAGGUCAAACUACCAGAGGACUACGACUUCCCACCACAUGUGGCGGAACGCCCACGUGAUUUCAAAUUGUCGUGGUUCUUGAUCAAAGAAGUCGGUGUUGCCGCAAUUCCACCAACCGAGUUCUUCACCCCAGGCAAUGCGCAUAUUGUCGAGGACUGGCUGAGGUUUGCCGUGUGUAAGAACGAUGAUGUACUCGACACCGCCAUGGAGCGGCUGAGGGGUUUGAAGAAGUACAUCAAAGAGUAG